AUGGGCUUGGAUGUUGCGCCCCAAAAGUUCGAGACCAUCUGGUAUCACGGUGGCUCGGCAGAGGCGCCACGUCCGGCCCAGAUCCUACACCUGGGGUUCAAGCAGCAUUUCGACGUCUUGAUCCCCAGUCUGGACAAAACAGCCAUUACGCUGUACGGCCUCCUGUCCAAUAUCGGCAGUGCAAGCACGAGUGAGACGACUCUAUAUGAACACGGUCUAGUCCAUGGCUCUUCACGAGGCCCCGGUGUGGACCGACAAUGUGGUGGCCGACCGGCGCAUCAAAAUGAUAAUACGUCGGUCGCAACAAUGGAUGGCCACUCGCCUCGUCAGGGGUUAGAGGAACGUGCCGCCACGGCUUUCGCAGGGGUGAUGCCCGCAAAGCUCCUUACGCAAAUGUAUAGAGAAGAAUGGCUGGAUAGGGCCCAUGGAAGUCUGACCUUCCGAUUGACGCAGAUGCUCACUGAUCAUGGAUGCUUCUAG